UCUUAUACUGAAGAUGAUGUUCAUAAAUCAUUAAAGUAUGACAUUUGGGCUAGUACAGAAAUCGGUAAUCGUCGUUUGGACAAAGCAUUUCGUGAUAAUGCCGAUAAAGGACCAAUUUAUUUGUUCUUUAGCGUUAAUGCUAGUGGACAUUUCUGUGGUAUGGCAGAAAUGCUUACACCAGUAGAUUAUACAACAAGCAGUAACGUUUGGCAACAAGAUAAAUGGAAGGGAGUGUUUAAAGUUAAAUGGAUUUUUGUUAAAGAUAUUCCCAAUGGACAACUUAGACAUAUUAGAAUAGUGAACAACGAAAAUAAACCAGUCACAAAUAGUCGUGACACGCAGGAAUUAUUUCCUGAACCAGGUCGCGAAAUGUUGAAAAUAUUUUUCGAAUAUCGUAGCAAAACUUCAAUACUUGAUGAUUUUGAAUUUUAUGAUAAACGUCAAUUGGAAAUGCGAAAAGAAGGGGGGACAGCAUCAGUGGGUAGUGAAAAUACAAAUGGAAAUGGCUGGUCUCAUUCGGCUAAUG